AUGGGUAAUAAUCAAGCAACGAUUCAUAAACGCGACAGAAUGUCAGCUGAUAACCGAGGCACCAACCGACAUAAUGGUUGGGUCGGCGCAUCAGAUAAUAGCCGUAAUUCUGGAAUAAAUAUUGAUGAUGAUUGUCCCGUUCAGGUAAAACUUAGUAAGAAUGAUAUGCAUGAGACAGGUGAUAUGAACUCAUAUACUCCAUCAUCAAUACAAUUUGCAGAAAAUAAUGAAUAUCCAGUAGUAUUUAAGUGGCAGGGAAAUCCAAAUAACAAGUCAGUUUACAUAUCAGGAUCAUGGGAUAAUUGGGAGCGUAAAAUUCCAUUAGUUAGGAGUACCCAAGAUUUUACAACAAUAAUAAAUUUAAAUGAAGGAAGAUAUGAAUAUAAAUAUCUUGUUGAUGGUAAAUGGAUGACAGAUGAUAAGGUUAAAAAGACAACGAAUUCAAUUGGGACAGAUAAUAAUGUGCUUGAAAUUGUAGAGGAUGACUUUGAAGUAUUUCAGGCACUUAAUAAAGAUUAUGAAACAUCAAAUGCUGGAAAGACAAUGAAAAAGAUAGCUGCUAAUGAUAAUAAUGGACCAACUCGCCAACAAUCUCAUGAUACUCCAAAUGAUAGAGAAUUAGAAAAGUUAAAAGAUUUUACUCAAAUAAUACCAGAAAGAAAAUAUUUUCAAGAUCCAAGUUCAGCACCACCAGUUUUACCUCCACAUUUAUUACAGGUUAUCCUCAAUAAAGAUACCCAAAAUACGGCUGUUGACCCAAAUUUAUUACCAGAACCUAAUCAUGUUAUGUUAAAUCAUUUGUAUGCUCUUAGUAUCAGGGAUGGUGUUAUGGUUCUUAGUACCACACAUCGUUAUCGAAAGAAAUACAUCACGAGUCUCCUUUAUAAACCUAUAUAG